AUGUCUUAUAAGCGUCUUUUUCUUUAUUAUGUUAUUUUUCUAUCAUUAAUCUUCUCAUCUGUGAGAGCAAUAGAACCUGUUUGUAAAUGGUAUGGAAUAGCACCAUUUUGUUUUAUUGGUAAUUCAUGUCCAGAAAAUUGUUGGCAAGCAGCAGCAAGUGAUCGUGGUGAUGGUGCAUACUGUUGGUUUAGUCAAAAAAAUUAUUGUUGUUGUGUAAAAAAAGCAAUUGAUUCAAUUAUUAAUUCAUUAGUUAAUUCUAACUGA